AUGUUAGUAUAUGUAGGUGUGAUAGAUGAUCACAAGUUAGUAUAUGUAGAUGUUGUAGAUACUCACAAGUUAGUAUAUUUAGUAUAUGUAGAUGUGGUAGAUACUCACAAGUUAGUAUAUGUAGAUGUGUUAGUAUAUGUAGAUGUGGUAGAUACUCACAAGUUAGUAUAUGUAGAUGUGAUAGAUACUCACAAGUUAGUAUAUGUAGAUGUGGUAGAUACUCACAAGUUUUUAUAUGUAGAUUUGAUAGAUACUCACAAGUUAGUAUAUGUAGAUGUGGUAGAUACUCACAAGUUAGUAUAUGUAGAUGUGUUAGUAUAUGUAGAUUUGAUAGAUACUCACAAGUUAGUAUAUGUAGAUGUGGUAGAUACUCACAAGUUAGUAUAUGUAGAUGUGAUAGAUACUCACAAGUUAGUAUAUGUAGAUGUGGUAGAUACUCACAAGUUAGUAUAUGUAGAUGUGAUAGAUACUCACAAGUUAGUAUAUUUAGUAUAUGUAGAUGUGGUAGAUACUCAUAAGUUGGUAUAUGUAGGUAUGAUAGAUACUCACACCUGCAGCUAUUUGGACCAUCUACCUGUUCGGCAUCCCCUGGGGAUGCUGGAGCUGUUCGCACAUGGCGGCAACGUGUUCGGUGUUGCAUGA